GGCCCGGCAUGGCGGCGGGCGCGCGGGGCUGGCGGGCAGUUGUGACACGGUUCCAAAGCCUCGGUUUUUCCAGGGUUGCACAUCGGCCUGCUUUGGCGUCCCGGAUCGUAAAUAUUAAGGUGCCGAUCAGGCAGUACGCCGCUGCUGCGAAGUCAAAAUCCAAGCAGAAGCCUCAAGAAAAGUCAUCGGGUAAGAAAAAAGAUGCUCCCCCGAAGCAGAAGGUCUACCCUUUUAUGGAGGGCGAGCCUGAAGAUGACGUCUAUCUGAAACACCUGUACCCGAGGCAGAUCUACGAGGCGGAGAAAGCCAUCCACCUGCUCAAGAAAUUCCAAGUUCUGGAUUUUACCUAUCCCAAACAAAUGGUCUAUCUGGAUCUGACCCUGGAAAUGACGCCAGGGAAGAAGAAGAAAAAGGCAGAACCAUUUUCCAGUGUCCUGAAUUUUCCAUAUCCAUUCACUUCAGAAGUCAAUAAAGUUCUCGUGUUUUCAGAGAAAGCUGAAGACAUUAAAGUAGCAGAAGACAAUGGAGCUGCAUUUGCAGGGGGGACUGAACUAAUUCAAAAGAUCUUGGACGAUGAAAUCCAGGCUGACUUUUAUGUAGCCGUGCCAGAAAUAGUGCUAAAGCUGAAUCUUUUACGGCGGAAACUGAAGAACAGAUUUCCCAAGAAGACUCGGAACUCCAUCGGACGUGACAUACCCAAAAUGCUCGAACUCUAUAAGACCGGCCACGAGAUUGCAGUCAAGGAGGAAAGGGAGAAUUUUCUCCAGACCAGAAUAGCAACCCUGGACAUGCCGACGGAACAGAUAGUUGCCAAUCUGCAAGCCGUACUCACCGAUGUGGGCAGACAUAAACAGGAGAACGUAGGACCCUUCGUGGCGCGGGCUUUCCUUCGAAGCGCGACCAGCGAAGGCUUGUUGCUGAAGGUCGACCGGCGGCCACCACGAGGAGAGGAAGAAGAAGAAGCAGCAGAAGAGGAUGACGAAAGAUAGGAAGCAACGGCCCAGACUGCCGGGCGCGGGGAAACGAUUGCCCGUCUGUUUGGCCGUCGGCGCGGAAAUGAUCUCGUGGGCAGGAAGAGCUCGCACGCUUUAAAGACCGCGAGGGUGAAACCGACACCUCGACGAUUUGGUUGCGAUUUUCUGAUUUGCCCGACUCCUACUCGUAAAGCGGCCCGUCGGCGACGCGGUUCCCUGCGUUGGAUUGCUUACCGGCCUGAAUCUCCUCAGUUGCCUCCUACUUUGACUGUGAGCCCCACGCGGGACAGCGACCGUGUCCGGCCUAAUUAAACUCGUCUCUACCCCGGCGCUUAGAGCAGUGUUUGACGCGUAGUAAGCGCCUGACAAACACCAUUAAAAAAAACGGGGACAGGAGAUGUUUCAACUGCAACAACUAUCACUGGGACCCUGGGUUCCUGAGGGAUUGUGGAAAUAGUCGAGGUAACAGUAAUAAUAAGAACUGUGGUAUUUGCGGGUUAA